ACAGAAACAGUUAUCUUAUUCUUAACUCUUAACAUUCUCAUUUAUGUUUACGUCGCCACUCGCAUUAUGUUUGCAACAAAGUAAAAACAAAGAGUUUAAUAGUUUUUUUCAUUCAAUUAAAUUUUCAAAAUAUGUUUGUAGCAAAUUGCAGACUUGGUCCUUAUUUGACUAAACAGAUAACAACUGGCGGAAGCCAUUAUAUUGGAAAAGCUAUACAUAAUACAUCGGUGCUUAAGUUUGCACAGGUUGUUGCUCUCAAGUUACCAACAAAUGUUGUAGAUAUAAAUGCAACUGAAACAGGAUUAUUCUCUCCAUUGCGAGAGAGAGAUAUAUCUGGGCCAGUAAUAAGUGUGUAUAAUGAUAGAGAUAUAUGUAAUAUAUCGAAAAUUGAUAUAACACUACAAUGUGAUCCUCAUGUUAACAAGUAUGACUGCCGAGGUGCUGUUAGCCUUUCCUCAUCAAUGCAAAGCAAUGUUCCAAGUCCAUUCAGUGGUAAUCAUACUCACCUGAAUAUGCCAGGAUCACAGUGGGGACAAGGUCAUAAGUAUUUGUCUGAUCACCUCCAUAGUGCUCACUACUUAACUCUUAGGAAUGAGUAUCGUGCUAAGAUGUUUAAUGGAGCAUAUACCACUGCAACAAGGAACAUGAGUACAAAUGUAAAAGAUAAUAUUAGCACUAAAGAAAAACUGAAGAAAGCAGUCAAGGAAUAUGGAUCCACAGUUAUAGUAUUUCAUGUUUCAAUCUCAAUUAUGUCUCUGGGAAUUUGUUAUGGACUGGUAUCAAGUGGUGUGGAUUUAGUGGCAGUUAUGAAAUAUUUGAAUAUUGGGGAGGGAACAUUAUCAAACAUGAUCACUUCAAACGCAGGAACAUUUGUGAUAGCAUAUGGGAUACACAAAGUGUUAGCUCCAGCUAGGAUAGCAAUAACAUUAACUGCAACACCAUUUAUUGUAAGAUAUUUACGAAACAUAGGGUUCUUAAAACCAAAUGCUGCCACUAGUACAAGCAAUAAAUAGAUAUUUGAUGGUAAUGAACUGUAAUUUGUAACUAUAGUAAGUCUUGUUAUAUUUUUAAAGAAGAGGGGUAAUUAUAUAUUAGUUUUAUAGCAUAACUUUGGAAAUAAUUUUACUACCAUUAAUUUUUAUUGAUAUACUUAAUAUUGUAAUGUAAAUUGUAUUAUGUAAUACGAUUGAAUAAAAAUUUUAUUAUA